AUGACGCCCCCAGUCACCGAAAUCGCGCUCCUGCGCUUAAAAUCCAAUCCUCCGUCCGCAUCAUUCAAAGCACUCCUCCUGGAAGGCAUCAAAGCGCAAGCCGAAUUUUCCUCGUACCCGGUUUAUCUCUUCACCCAAGUCGAGGAUCCCUCGCUCAUCUACCUUGUCGGGGGAUGGGACUCGGCGCAACAGCAUUACGACGAGUGGAUUCCCUCGGCUACGAAUCAAGGGAUCAUGGCAGAGCUAUCGAGUGAGAUGGAACUGGUGGGGUUGUCCCAUGUGGAUGGUGAUGCGGCGCGGCAGGGGGAGUUACUGGCCGAUGCACCUGUUGUUGCUGUGGGGCGGUAUUUCAUGAGCGCUGAGAAGAAAGAGGGGUUUGACCGGGUAUUUGAGGGGUUGCAGCGUCAUCUGGAGGAGGUUACGAAGCCGUUACCUAUCUUCAAGGGGUGGAAGGUUGAGAAGGAAGAAGGGAAGGAGGAGUUUGUGCUGUUUAGUGGAUGGGCGGAGGUGCAACAGCAUUCCGAGUCUGCCCGGUCAGAGGGAGUCCAGGAGUUCUCGAAGAUCAAGGAGUAUACGGACUCCUCGGAGGUCAAGCAUAUGGUUCGAUGGGAGAUUGAGUGA